AUGGCUAAAAGAGUGGAAAUCGAAGAAGUUGACGAGUUUGCUCAAGGGAAAAAUUCAGAAGAGACAAAAGAGGAGGACGAAGAAGAAGAAGAGAUGAAUGAGGGAGAAGAAGAUAAAGAAGAUCAGAACAAUUUAGAAAAGGAAGAAUCUGAAAAGGAAGAUGAAGAAGAGGAGGUGACUGAUCAAACCGAAAUUGAGUCACAGGCAGGGAGAACUGCUAAGAAAGGGGAAGCAUGUCUGAUGGAUAUGGCUGUAAUUUUCUGUUUGUCUAAGAAAAUUAAGGUCAACUUUCCUGCAUUGAUGUACCAGCAUUUAGCACAUUGUGUUCCAAGUAGGACAAAAGUGGGGUAUGGAGCCAUUUUUUCUACUGUGUUUGAAAAUGCUAGAGUGGUUCUGAAGGGAAAAUAUGGGGCUUUGGAUGAAAAGCCAGAAAAUGUUAUCAAUGAGGAAACUUUAGCUGGAUUGAGUUUGGAGGUUGUGAAAGGAAAAAUUCAAAAAAUAGAGAAGGGAGGGAAAAAGAAAGAGAAAGUGACUGGGAAAAGAAAGGAAAAGGCGAUUGUUGUUCCUCAAACAAGCAUGGAACAACCACUGGAGUUGGAUGUUGAGGAAAGUAUCCUCAAUGGGCAAGUUGCAGAAUUGGUGGACGAGAUGGAAAGGGUUGAGAAUCAGGUGAAGAAUUUUGCUGGAAAACUUCAUAUGCUGACCUUGGAAAAGCUGGUGCAAGAGCAGGGGAAGGAGUUAAAGGAACUCAAGAAAGUGAUGCUGAAACAGGACAAGGAACUUCAAGAGCAAAAGAAGUUUCAGCAAGAACUGAACAAGGCUCUAUAG